ACUGUUGAACUGUGUUCGUUUACUAGCUUUGCCGCCAACGUUGGGGUUGCGUUCCGCACGCGUACCGUUUUUGACGCAGCGUGCGCCGAAAGAAAUCUGCCGUGCCGGUCACGUUCACGGCGAAGGGUCAAAGUCAAGUGGAAUUUGUGUGCUGCCAAUCAUGUCGGCGGCGGCGGCCAACACCGGGGAGAAGGAGAAGAAGCGGAAAGAGAGCAUCGUCGACCUCUCCAAGUACCUGGACAAAGCCAUUCGCGUCAAGUUCCAGGGCGGUCGCGAAGCCACCGGCAUCCUCAAGGGUUACGACCCGCUGUUGAACUUGGUCAUCGACAAUGCCACCGAGUUCCUGCGAGACCCCGACGACCCGUACAAGCUCACUGACGACACGCGGACGCUUGGACUCGUCGUGUGCCGCGGGACGGCGGUGGUUGUGAUCUGUCCAGUGGACGGCAUGGAAUCCAUUCCCAACCCGUUUGUGCAACACGAAGGCUGAUGCGGGCAGCCGAGUUCAUCAUGCAUAGCAAGUUGUUUUCUCAUCGGAUGUGAAUGAUGUGAAUGCUUUACGUUUAUUUCUGCGUGCGCACGUGUGUGAAUAAAUGAUCGCACACUUACUUUAUUGGUCAAAAUGCCGACCUUGUCACGUCGGUGCUGUUACGCUGUAGAUCAUGACCAUCUCGCGCUUAUAUUCAAGCGGGUACGUAGUCUCAGCGAAACGCACUUAUGAAGUGUUGUAACGUCUGAACGCUCAAUAUGCCAACAGAGCGCCAAGUUAACUGUCGAGUAUAAGCUUAAAUCGAAACGCAAACAGGACAGAACCGAUCAGGACGCCUGAUACGCGAAAUUACAUGGCUGUGUGGCGCCUAAUUGUUCUGUAACCACUUUCUAAGCAUGGAAUAGUGCAAGUGAACUUUUUACAGCAACCCUGUAGUUAUUUCAGAAUUGUUCGUUUGAAUUUAUACUGAUAAUACAUGGGGCUGCAAGGUUUGCGAACUUCUAGUACACAUCAGGUUAUUUUUAGCACACUGUCAUUCAUAGAAGUCGCUGGUGUACCAGAAAGAGUGCACAUUGAAAUGGACAAACUCUUUAUGCUGGUACUGUUUGAAGUCGUAUGUGUCACCUUGUGUCACCAGCCGUAUGUUUCAUUGCGGUCACACAUCAUGCAUCCGAAUGUCACCUCACAACAAGCACCUUGUAGUUUUUAUUUUGCAUAAAAUAUAAAUAAACACACCACUCCAUAGCAAGCAGCUUCUCGAGAAGAGUCCAAGAGACGGUGACACGAAAACAAUACAUUUGGACAAAACUUGUAGUAGGCCCUGCG